UGGAGUCAUCUGACUUGGGGGAGGGGGAAAACUGUCUACAGUGCCUUCUUUUGAAGAGUUUUUAAAAGAGGCUGGGGAAUUUGGAAGGUUUCAAAAGAGGGUCUUUCUCCUCCUUUGCCAGACUGGCAUAACUUUUUCUUGUUAUUUGUUGGAGUUGUGUUCCUUGGACAGGAUCCAGAGCAAUAUUGGUGCAGAGUCCCUUGUGCAUCUAAAUUAAGGAAGCAAUGUGGGUGGACAUUUGAAGAGGAGUACAACAUUACAAUUCUAGCUUCAAGUCUGGUGAAUGAGAUACAAUAUGAAAUGGUGUAAUACGUCUUCUAGCUGUACCAAUCUGUGUCCUCAUCUCACCAAUAACAGCUUGGCCAAUAUGUCAUUUGCUACUUGCCUUUGGGAUAGUUAGCUCUACAAACAACCUCAUUCAUCUAUUGCCAGCAAGCUCGUCUGGAUGCCCUUGAGGCGGGUCCCAGUGGGUCCAUAAGAGAAACUCCCAUACAAGACCGGGGCGCUACUACUGCCGAGCAGCCAGCUAUGGAGGCGGUGUCGGCUGGAAAAUCGGGUUCCCAAAGAAGGCUGAAGAUUUCACCUCAGCCAAGCAGACAGAGAAAAUGGGGUUUCUGGAAUGCUUCAUGGAGGCCUAUUAAUCAGCCUUGUUUUUCCUGCAACCAAGGGUGGCUUUCUUUUUUAACCCAGAAGAACACUAGCCUUUAGACACACCCUGUGAAACUUAUAUAUAAGGUGGCUUCAUAAUUUAUAAACACUGACUUUGAGUUAUUUAAGCAUAUUUCCACUCAGCACAAUUAAGAGCAGUGCUGUGAAUAAGAGGCUUAAUCCAACAUGCCAAACUUAGAUGACAUUCUAGAGCACAUUGGUGAGUUUGGCCUGUUCCAGAAAAGAGUCUUUUUUCUUAUUUGCCUCCUCUCUGCUGCCUUUGCCCCAGUCUAUGUAGGAGUUGUUUUCCUAGGUUUCGUACCCGAGCACCGGUGCCUGAGUCCUGGAGUUGCUGAGCUAAGCAGCAGGUGUGGCUGGACUCCCGAAGAGGAGUUGAAUUACACGGUUCCAAAGUGGAAGACCAGUGAGGAAGGUUUCACCCAUCAAUGCGCGAGAUACAAUGUGGAUUGGAAUGCAAGCGAGCUGAGCUGUACGAAUCCAUUGGAAGACUUUACCAGUCACAGGAAUGAGAGCAUCUCUCUUACCACCUGCCAAGAUGGCUGGGUCUAUGAUUCUUCGAUACAGUCCAUUGUGAGUGAGUUUGACUUGGUAUGCGAAGACUCCUGGAAACUGGAUGUAUUUCAGGCAUCUGUCAAUGCUGGAUUUUUCAUUGGAUGCAUAUCUGUUGGCUACGUAGCAGACAGAUUUGGACGCAAAACAAGUCUCUUAGUUACCAUCCUGAUCACUUCCAUCUCAGGAGUUCUUGUGGCCUUGGCACCCAACUACUUAUGGUCGGUGAUAUUUCGCUUCAUACAAGGACUAGUCAGCAAAGGCAACUGGUUGACAGGCUACAUCCUAAUCACAGAAAUUGUUGGUCCAGGCUACAGGAGGAUUGUGGCCUUUCUCUACCAAGCGGCAUAUGCUGGUGGCCUCCUCAUCCUCGAUGCUUUGGCUUAUGCAGUUCCCCACUGGAGAUGGCUUCAACUUGCCGUUUCUCUGCCUGUUUUCCUUCUUUUGUCUUACUACUGGUGUGUUCCAGAGUCUCCCAGAUGGCUGAUCUCUCAAGGACAGAAUGGCAAAGCUAUGAAAAUUGUGAAUGACAUUGCUAAAAGUAAUGGAAAAAUCUUGCCUGCUGAUUUUGAGAGUAUAAACUUUGAAGAAGAAACUGAAGAAAGUGGAAAACAAAGACCUUCACUGAUAGAUCUUGUGAGGACACCUCAGAUGAGAAAAUACACAUUUAUUUUGAUGUAUAACUGGUUCACAAGUGCCAUAAUGUACCAAGGACUUAUCAUGUACCUGGGAAUUUCUGGAGACAAUGUUUACCUGGAUUUUUUCUACUCUUCUCUAGCUGAAUUUCCAGCAGCCCUCAUACUCAUAUUCACAGCGGAGCGAGUGGGACGCCGCUAUCCAUGGGCCACUGCAAAUCUGAUGGCAGGAACUGCUUGCCUUGUUUCAGCUUUCACCCCAGAAGAUAUGUACUGGCUAAAGAUGAUUACAGCUUGCUUGGGCAGAUUAGGAAUCACGAUGGCAUUUGAAAUGAUUUGCUUUGUCAAUGCUGAAUUAUAUCCAACAUUUCUCAGAAACUUUGGUGUGACGGUCUGUUCCUCCCUGUGUGACUUGGGUGGCAUAAUUUCUCCUUUCAUUGUUUAUAGGCUAACAGAAAUCUGGCACAAGCUGCCCCUUGUAAUCUUUACUAUGGUUGGUUUGAUUGCUGCUGGAUCAGUGCUAUUUCUGCCUGAAACCAAAGGGAGAACUUUACCUGAGACCAUUGAAGAUGUAGAAAAACUUUCAGUGCCACAAUGCUAGGCAGCUUAAAUAAUAUCAAAUGAAUGUAAAAUAUAAAAUAUUAUUUGAAAUGUGUUCUUUCAACUGUACUUUAUAAAAUGCUUUGGUAAUUAAUCAGCUUGUCAUGGAAAGGCAAAGAUAAAACAGAAGGACUUUCAUAACUGACUAUAAUGUAAAGGUCCUGUUUCUGCAUCUGUUAAUCAGAUGAAUAUGUUAAAUGUAGCACAGCAUAUAACACACAUUGUUUUUAAAAAUGGAACAAUAGUCCUUAGAAAUGACUCUAAUUCAAAUGAAUUUGUGAUUAUACAUUUUGAUCAGUCAUCUAUCUAUCUUCAAGCUGGGAUGAAUAUCCAUCUAACUUUCAUGGAACCACUUGUCCCCCAUGGAAGUCCCUCAGCUCCAGACACUCUUGGAUGAGACCGAUUAUCUGGAUCCAUUUCAGUUGGAUUUCAGGCCUGGUUUUGGCAUGGAAACAGGCUUGGUCGCCCUGUAUGAUGACCUUUGUCAGGAGAGAGACAGGGGAAUGUGACUCUGUUGAUUCUCCUUGAUCUCUCAGCGGCUAUCGAUACCAUCGACCAUGGUAUCCUUCUGGGAAGACUGGCUGAGUUGGGAGUGGGAGGUACUGCAUGGCAGUGGUUCUGCUCCUACUUGGCGGUUCGGCUCCAGAAAGUGGUGCUUGGGGAACAUUGCUCGGCACCCUGGACUCUCCAGUAUGGGGUUCCACAGGGGUCAGUUCUGUCCCCCAUGCUGUUCAACAUCUACAUGAAACCGUUGGGUGCCGUCAUCCAGAGCUUUGGAGUGCAUUGCCAUCAAUAUGCUGAUGACAUGCAGCUCUAUUUCUCCUUUUCAUCUUCUUCAGGUGAGGUUGUCAAUGUGCUGAACCGGUGCCUGGCUGCGACAAUGGACUGGAUGAGGGCUAAUAAACUGAGGCUCAAUCCAGACAAGACUGAGAUGCUGCUAGUGGGUGGUUCUUCUGACCAGAUAGUGGAUGUCCAACCUGUCCUGGAUGGGGUUGCACUCCCCCUGAAGGAGCAGGUUCAUAGCUUGGGGGUUCUCCUAGAAUCAUCUCUGUCACUUGAGGCUCAGGUAUCCUCAGUGGCACAGAGUGCUUUCUACCAACUUCAGUUUGUGGCCCAGCUACGUCCCUAUGUGGACAGGGAUAACCUGGCUUCAGUUGUCCAUGCUCUGGUAACCUCCAAGCUAGAUUACUGCAAUGUGCUCUACAUGGGGCUGCCUUUGAAGACGGUUUGGAAACUGCAACUUGUGCAAAAUGCAGUGGCCAGAUUGGUAACAGGGACCAGACGGUCCGAACAUAUAAAACUGAUUCUGGCCCACUUUCAUUGGCUGCCUGUAUGUUUCCACGUUCAAUUCAAGGUGCUGGUUUUAACCUAUAAAGCCUUACAUGGCUUGGAACCACAAUACCUGAUGGAACGCCUCUCCCGAUAUGAACCCACCCAUACACUACGCUCCACAUCCAAGGCCCUCCUCCGGGUGCCUACUGCGAGGGAAGCUCGUAGGAUGGCAACAACGGAGAGAGCCUUCUUAGUGGUGGCCUCCAAAUUGUGGAAUGAUCUCCCUGACGAGGUGUGCCUGGCGCCCACACUGUUAUCUUUUUGGCACCAGGUCAAGACUUUCCUCUUCUCCCAGGCAUUUUAGCAUGUGUUUUAAAUUGUUUUAAAUUGUGUUUUAAAUUGUUUUUAAAAGAUGUGCUUUUAAAUUUGUAUAUUUGUUUUUAAUGUUUUUAGUUAUUGUAAACCACCCAGAGAGCUUCGGCUAUGGGGUGGUAUAUAAAUACAAUAAAUAAAUAAAUAAAUAAA